GCCCAACCGGCUAUCGUUACCCUUCAGAUUAUCAUUAUGUCCGUGUCUCUUCGGCCAUUUUUGAGGGCGUUAACGUGCAUAAAAACUCCUGAAAAAUUGAGUUCCACCGAAUUUCCCCAAACUUGGUGGGAUGAUGUUAUCGACCGAGACAAACGAAAGAGUCGACUGUAACCGCGGCCUCAACUCAACAGGAAGUCUGCCAUUUUGAGUUUGGUGCGUCCAUUUUGACGAUUUAUACCCUACGUUAAUGAGCGAGCUUGUUUGUCGUACCAACAUAAAAAAAACACGUACAAGGCGCGUGAAAGGUGAAAAGUUGACGAAAGGUUUUUGCGUAUUCAAAAAGGCAACCAUUGGUGUUCUAGCGAAUUCUGCCCAUUCACCAUGAAACAGGAAGUGCCCUAUGACUGUGGCAUACAUUGACUGAUCACCUCUAAACUUUAUACGCGACACAAGGGACCGACCCCGAACACGUCUACGGCCACAAACUUGACCCAACAGGAAGUUGGCUGUUUUAAAUUGAGCUGCCAUUUUGCCACAAAACAACUGACUUGUAUUCAUUCAGUUUUUCUCUGAAGUCAUUUCACGGCCUGCGUCAGAGUGAAGUGAAGACAGAGUGUUCGAGUGAGACUGUGUGUUUAAUGAAAGCUGCACCUGUCGAGCAGGUUGGGUUGGAUGAACUUUGAGGGUUGGGGGGGGGGGAGUCAAGAGGGAGGGGUCAACAGCAGCUCUGUGGCAUAAGAAAAGGGAAAAAAUGGAGUAGGAGGAAUGUGAGAAAAGAGACGCAGACGUGAGGAUUAACGUGGGAAGACGAGACAGACGGAGCUCAGAUCAGUGUAACGUGGGACAGCUGUGAUGGCGCUGCCUGCGGCUUUCCUCUCCGAGGACCAGUUCACCUGCUCCAUCUGUCUGGACCUCUUUAACAACCCGGUCUCGACACCGUGCGGCCACAGCUUCUGCAAGUCCUGCAUCUCCUCCUACUGGGGCGGAUUAGGAGGAUCCACGAAGAGCUACCAGUGUCCACUCUGUAAAGAGUCGUUCCGGAAGAUACCGGAGCUUCAUGUCAACCACACCCUGAAGGACAUCACUGAGCGCUUCAAGGAGGUGACCAAAGAUGGAGUGCCUCCAUCCCAGAAGACGGGAGAGAUGCCGGAGGGCAUUUUUGCCGAGAUGAUGACACGUUUUCAGAAGUUACAUCCCAGUGAUUCUCUGCACCAGAGUCAGGAAAGAGUCCGAGCUAAACUGGCCUCACACUCUCAGAGCAUGGACCACGACCACCCACCUCCUCCGUAUACAUCCACCCGGAGGCACAGUGUGAGCGUUCUCGACGACUCUGCGUCUCAUCUGCCUCCGUGUCCCCUUCACCUGCGAGGGCUGGAGUUUUUCUGCCGCAAUGACAACACCUGUGUGUGCAGCGAGUGCGUGGAGAUGGCAGAGCACAGAGGUCACGCCAUCGUCCCUGCCAAGAAGGAGUGGCUCAUCAAGAAGUCCCAGUUGGGAAUUGAAGAGCUGGAGCUGAAGGAUCUGAUCUGUGUGAGAGAGAGGAAAGUGGAGGAAAUACAGAACUCCUUACAACAGAUAAAGGCUGCCGCAGCGAGAGAAACAGACGGAACAGUUUGUGCAUUUUCCAAACUGAUCGCCAGUGUUGAGCGCUGCCAAGCUGAAAUCCUGGAGAUGAUAGAGAUGAGUCACCGGGCGUCGGAACACAGAGCUCAGAGUCUGCUCAAAGAGCUGGAAGAGGAGAUCGCCGAGCUGAAGAGACGCAGCAACGUACUGAGUCAUCUGGCUGUUUCUGAGGACUACGUCCUCUUUCUCAAGACGUUCGCUGCUCUGUCCACUCCUCUACAAACCAAAGACUGGUCCAGUGUCCCCGUGUCGUCUGAGCUGAACUCGGGUGUGAUUGUCAAGGCUGUCGAUUCAGUGGUGGAGAGAUUUCAGGAGGAGAUUAAGAAGCUGCCGGAAAUCUCUAAGUCCUCACGUAGAAUGGAUACAUUUUUAAGUGACAAGAGAACCACAGUGGAACACUCUGUGCCCAGACCAAACACAAAGACGAGGAGGGUUCAGGAAUAUGCAGCCAACAUCACUCUUGAUCCCAGAACCGCACACCCACGUCUCUUCAUAUCAGCAGAUCUGAGGCAGGUUCACUGUGGUGACCGACAUCAGCUGGUGCCGGACAAUCCGGAGCGAUUUGACCGGGUGGUGUGUGUUCUGUCUCGACAAGGCUUCAGCUCGGGACGGCAUUACUGGGAGGUGGAGGUCGGAGGGAAGACGGACUGGGACCUGGGCGUGGCCAGCUGGUCCGUCAAUCGGAAGGGCAAAAUCACCGUAAGCCCCGCCCACGGCUAUUGGUUCCUCAGCCUACGUGAUCGCACUGAGUACGCGUUCCGAACAGAACCCUCCACCAGCAUCAGUGUCAACCCCAGGCCGACGAGGAUCGGUAUCUACGUGGACUGCGAUAAGGGGGUGGUGUCCUUCUACAACGUGGAGGCCAAGAUGCUCAUUUACACGUUCACGGACAAAUUCCCCGACACCAUCCAUCCGUUCUUCAGCCCCUGCACCAACAAGUCGGGAAGGAACGAGGCUCCACUCAUCAUCUGUCCCGUUUCUACGGUGGAAUGACGUGAGCGGACAUUUACAGGACAUUUAGCAGACAUUUAGAGGACAUAUAGCGGACAUUUUCUCUUUUCAAUUCAUGUCUGGAGCCUUCUUUUUUUUCUGAAGCCCAAAGAACAAGUUUUUAGUUUGAAUUAAGUUUCGUCCAGAGAAAAGUGACACUUCUGUGCAAAAGUCUUAGGCCACCAUUAGAUUUGUUGUUUUUUUAGCAAAUUCUCGUUAUAGUGAUAACGAUAGUUUCUUCACGUCUUUUCAUAAUGGGAAAACUCUCUCGUCCCAUCAAGAAACUUUCUUUAUAUAAGGAGAAACAUUCCCGUUAAUAAAUUCUGUUAAAAUUAGUAACUAUCUCAUUUUUACAACAAUUUUGUUAUGUGACAUUUUUGUCAUUAUAUACGGAGAAAUCAGUCUUUUAACGAUGAGCAAUUAUUUUCGCUGUAACGUAAAAUGUUCUCCUGAAAACUAUUUACCUAUAACAAGAAAACUAUAACAAGUUAAAACAAGAAAGUUACUUUUAAAGACAAUUUAUUACUAUUUAAAACUACUUUAAACAAUUUUAUUAUAACGAGAAAAAUAUAUCAUUACGACAAGAAACUUUCUCAUAGUUAGAAAACUAUUUUAUCAUGAGAAAAAUCACGACUGUAAAAAUGAUUUCUCAGACUCUCACUAACUGUCAUUAACUCACUAAGUUACUUGAGCUGCGUUCAAGUAGAACUCGUAAUCACGUCGUACAAAUAUCGUAAAACACCGGUGUUUUCCCCACAAAUGCGUCAACUGCUCAAUUUGUACAUUUUGUAAAAUAUGUUUGCUUUUUUUUCUUUAAUAGAAAAAACCAGAAAAAAGUGUUUGAGAUGUUUGUUUGAUAAAUUUAUCAAAAAUAUCAUUUUAUGUUUGUUGUAUUCAAUAACUAUUGAGUAAAAAGAUGGAAAAAAUA